AUGUCGGACAUCCUCGUGGCCACUAGCGCUGGCGGCAGACAGUGCUCCCACUUCCUCCCCCUCCUCACCUCUGGCAGUAGUAUUUUCAAACUCCGCCUGGCAGCCCACUCCGAGAACUCGGCCGCCAAGCUCCGAACCAAAUACCCCGACGCCGAAGUCGUGGUUGUUGACCUCGUCUCCCUGUCCGAAUGCCGCGAGCUGGUCCGGGGCGCGAGCGCGGUGUUCCACGCCGGCCCCAGCAUCCACUCGCGCGAGCGCGAGAUGGGCCUCAACAUGAUCGACGCCGCGACCGCGGAAUCGCAGACGCCCGGCAGCCGGUUCCGGCACUUUGUGCUCUCCACCGUGCUGGGCACCCAGCACCGCAAGCUGAUGCAGCACGACCUCAAGAGCUACGUCGAGGAGCGCCUGAUGCUCAGCCCUAUCCCUUGGACCAUCCUGCAGCCCACAAACUUCAUGGACUCGUACCCCGUUGCCAAGCUAGCCGCCAUGGAGACUCCCGUCAUGGAGCGCAUGUGGAGUCCCGACGUUGCCAACAGCGUCAUCGCGCUGCGGGAUCUCGCCGAGGCGACGGCCAAGGUCUUGAUCGAGGGCGAGAAGCACUACUACGCGCAAUAUCCGCUGUGUAGCACCGCGCCAAUAUCCGAUUCGGAAGUGGUUGAAAUCAUUGGCAGGCAGAUUGGCAGGGAUGUACGCGUUAACAAGCCCUCCUUCGAGAAAGGAGUCGACUUCCUCAUGCAUAUGGUGUUUGGAAGCAACAUCGAUAACGCUCAGUCCGGGUUUGGUAUCGUCGGCACCGAAGGAGACUUGAGACCUGACAUCAGCAAGGAUAAGGCCGAGAGGCUUGUCUUGUUUUACAAUAGGUAUGGCUUGGUUGGGAACCCCAAUGUGCUGAGGUGGCUUCUGGGCCGCGAGCCGACCAGUGUGGAAGAAUGGGUCAAUAUCAAGUUGGCCGAGGCAAAGUUCAAAUAUGUAACAUAG